AUGCGCCACGCCGCAACUUUAUUACAGCUACCGCUGUUUCUCGCAGCGCUGGCUCUAGGCAAAGAUGAUCUUAGUUACAAGCCAGAAAUGAAUUACCGGCCGCGGAACGUGACGGGUUUGGACUAUUACUAUUAUCAAUGGAUUGGCUCGUACUACAACGGCAGCGCCGUAUUCACCAUCUCCGACGUCAAGAUUAAAGAUGACCGCUACUCUUCCGAGAUCGAAGAUGAGGGGGAGUUGGAACUCUGCAACCAGCUGCAGAACAUCACGUACACGUGGUCGUACCCAGCACUCCUAGCGAUCACAGAGACAGCACCGGAAGAUGAGCGACCCAAGGACACAAAUCCAAUCGAUGUUGCGCUGUUCACCUCGUACUCAAACUUCACGAAGUAUUUUGACGAUUAUUUCCAUGCCGGUAGUAACAAUCAGAGUCGGGACAUGCCCUUUGUAUUUGAGUCGAUUGAGAUGUGGGAUCGUGAAGAGACGAAUUCGGAUUCGUUGAAGCCGAAUUUUAACCUGACUGUCGCUAAGGACUCUGGGAAUGGGCUCCCCUUUCGAGUGACAGGAAAUUCGGAACUAGAGGAUAACCCGCUCCAUGGUUUGCAGAUGAAUAUGUCGACCUGCUCCCUUAUUGAGGGAUGGUGGGGUGUCGCUCCCAUUACACCCCUCUCAUAUUCCUUUGAAGACGUUAUCGGCCUGACAUACCCGGGCGUGCAGUUGACAUUUGACAACCCUUCGGCAAGUUUCAGUAUUCACUCGUCGAUUGCCGCGAAUACCUUGCCAGAAGAAGAUGAGGAGACACCAAGAAUUACCGCUAAGUUGACGAUCGAUUUCUUGGGGACGAUUGAUGCUGCGCGCUCGGAUAUCUUGAACAAGGGAACUCCAGUGACAUGGACACCGAGCAUGGGGUUCGGGAAUAAUUCCCUGAGUUUGGACUAUAGAUCCGGUGCGCUUACUGCAGCUGGAGUGAACAUUCGUCAGAUCUGGAGCAUCCUGGGGGCUGUUUUAACAUAUAUCUUCCUUGUGUAA